UUUGAUAGAGAAAAAGAAGUUCUCCACAACUCCACCCCUUUCUCUUUUCUUUUUGCCAGAUUCUUUUUUGGAUUUUGUCUGCUACUUUUCAUCUCCUUGGUAAAGUACUAUCUUUGAUUCUAGUUCUAGUUCUUUAGGUUUUACUCAUGAGAGGUUAUUUUGGGACAUCUUUGAUUCUAGUACUAGUUCUUUAGGUUUUCCUCAUGAGAGGUUAUUUUGGGACAAAGAUGUGUUUUUCUUUUUCAUCACGUUCUUCUUCUUCAAGGAUUAUUACGGCUUGUCUUUGAAUCUCAUGUCUAAUUUCUCUAAUCUGGCCUUAUUUGAGUUCAACGAGUUGAUAACCACAAGAACCAUUGAUAGACAUCCAUUUUGUUGGUGAUCCCUCCUGCUGGAGUCCAGCGGAAACAGUUAAGAGAGUUAGAGAAGAUGAAGAAGGGAAAAGGAGUAGUAAUUGCUGCUCCAAAUCCUCCAAGCGGAGACGAGAGUUCAUCAGAAGGGAAAAAUGUUCCUGCACUCCCUACGGGCAGAUCAGCCGCAAGAAAUGCUUCUUCAAAGUAUGAUUUUGUGAAGGUAAAAGUGUGGUUGGGGGAUAAUGCUGAUCACUACUAUGUUCUAUCCAGAUUUCUUCUCAGCAGAAUGUUAACAGUCACUAAGAUACCUAAUCAUGUGGCCAUUAAAAUCGCUCUGGAAUUAAAGAAGUUGCUUAUUGACAACAGCCUCUUGGAUGUUUCACAGUCUGAUUUGGAAGCUAAUUUAUUUAAGCUCAUGGAGCGUCGCGGCUAUGGGGAAGAAUACAUAAAUCGUUACAAUAUGAUGACCAGAUUUCACCACCAACGAGUACCCUUGGUCAUUCUUAUUUGUGGAACUGCCUGCACGGGUAAGUCUACAAUUGCCACUCAACUUGCACAACGGCUAAACUUACCAAAUGUUUUACAGACAGAUAUGGUGUAUGAAUUACUUCGCACAUCAACAGAUGCGCCAUUGGUAUCUACUCCAGUAUGGGCACGAGACUACAACUCCUCUGAAGAGCUCAUUACUGAAUUUUGUAGAGAAUGCAGAAUUGUCCGCAAAGGUUUGGCUGGUGACUUGAAGAAGGCUAUGAAGGAUGGAAAACCUAUUAUAAUUGAGGGAAUACAUUUAGAUCCUAGUAUUUAUUUAAUGGAUGAGGAGAACAGAGAGCGAAACAGCACGUCUGUAAAAAAUGAAGAGCCAAAUCUUGUUCCUCCGGGAACAGAAGAUAAUAAUGCAGUACAAAAGGAACCUACUUCAGAAAGUGCUGCUUGCAAAAAUGGAAACACCAGUACCAACUGCCGUCCUGCGGAGAAACCAGAAGUAGAGUUGCCCACUGAUGAAGUGACCACAAUUGCAGAAAAUCUGGAAUCCAUUGACCUAGCAACAAGUGCUCCUGGGGACCAAGGUCAUGUGGGUGAAGUUCUCAAGACAAAGACAAAUCCUCCUGCUAAAAAUGAGAAAUCUCCUGCUGAGCCAGUAAUCAUACCUAUAGUUUUGAAUAUGGCGGAGUUUGAUCAUAAAGCACUCUUGGAGGAGUGGAUAUCCACGAGGACGUUUGGCGAAAAAUUUCUCGCCCAGGACAAGAAAAAGCUAAUAAACAAUCUGAAGACUAUUCAAGAUUAUCUUUGCUCGUUUGACUCUCAGGGUUUGACUGUUGUCAACAUAUCUGCAACCACAUUCCCACAAACACUGGAUUGGCUACAUGGUUAUCUCCUUCAGUGUAUUGAGCGAGGUAGUUCAUCUGCAUCCACUGUAACUGAGAAGCAACAAAAUGAAGGUUAAAGAUAACAGUACACAUUAGCUUCUGUAAUCUGUACUAGAUGGCAUGUAUUGGGCAAGUGACCUUGCUGUCUUAUGUAAGUAAUCACAACAAUAAAUAAUGAGUAGGGUGAGGCUGAGUCUCAGAUUUUGUGGAUACUUAUUUGGUUGACUAUAAUCUGGUAAUUAUCUUCUUCUUCUUCUUUUUUUUAAAUAAAACAAGAAAAUCUACCGGG